GGUAAACUUCAAUUGAUGAAAUAAAAAUAAACAUUUUUUGCCACGAUAUUUUGAAGUCGAAACGCGUUAUUUAUGAUUUGGAGAAGUUAAAGAUGUAAAGGAGUUAAGGAAGUGUAAUUCCUGAGGAGAAGUUGAACAUACAUAUUCAUCGUAAUCAUAUGGGUGAAAACUUUAACGAACGUAUAGAGAAUUUGCGUAAACGGAGUAGACAUUUAUUGGCGCAAGUAAAUAAGAAUUCUAAAAAGGUUAAAGACGAAAUUAAGAAAUUAUCCUCCAGAAAUUUAUCAUUCAAAGAUGACUCUAAAAAUCAUAUUGGCAAGACAGAUGCGUCUCAUUCUUGUAAAAGAGACACCAAAUCAUGGAAAUUGAGAAAUGAUUCCAGCGGAGUUGGUGAAGCCUUGAGAUUGGAUUGUGUCUGUGAUUGCCAUCAGACAUCAGCAUCAAUGCCUAAUACAUCAACAGCAAAGAAAAUAUUAAUAUCUUCAAAGAAACAUUGUGAAAAUCAGGUCUGUUUGGAAAACAUUCGUAGAAAGCCAGUAAAAGAAUGUUACUGUAAUCCAGAAAUUAAAAAAGCACAGCUGAGGUCCACAAGAACACAGCGUAAGCCACAUUCUCCUAGCAAAAGAUGCAAGAGUCAUACUUUCACUCCUGCUAUAGUGGUAGAGGAUAAUUGUGAAAAGUCCGCGUUAUCGUCACCCAUUAGUUGUGAAACAUUGAGGAGAGUUCAAAAGAUAGAUUAUGCACCUAGAUCUCAAUUUUUGCGCAAUGUCAGAAGCAGAGUUUCUCUCUUGCAAGGAGCGGCAGGAGAUUGUCCAGAGACCUGUUACAGAUCACCUUGUUAUCAUGAACUCAUGGCUAAAAGGACCGCAUAUAAUUCUGAUUCUUCGCAUCAGUUGAAAGCUGAUGAUAAGAAAUCAGAAGCUAGUUUUCACUUAACAAAAUCUAUACCUUCAAAGUCAGAAAUCAGUGAUGAAUGUUCAGGCUCUGAAGUUGAGGAUAUAGAAAAAUGUAGCAAAGGAGUUCAAGUAUCUUUGAGAAAACAUUCAAAGCCAAAAGUUGUGAUAAAAAAAACUCUUUCGUCUAAGGCUGUCGUACCUGAUCUAAAAAAGUCUAAAUCUAGUUCAAAAGUAGCAACUAAGGAUAAAAAAACAGUACCUGGCAAGGAGUGUCAAUGUUAUGAGAGAAACAAGAUAGAACAUUCUAAACCUGUUUUAGAAAAGGAUAUUGAGUCAGAUAGAUAUCAAAACACAAUCUGCACAAACAAACUACCAGACGAAACUGACAGGAAAUACCUUUCUGAUAAAGAAAUGAGAGAAUUGGAAAAAUUUCGUGCACAAAAUUACUUCGAUACCCAUGGAUCCAGCCAUACUUUAAUAUCAUCUAAAUCUUCUAGUUCUCUGGAACAAUAUGUGCUAAAUGACAGACUGUUUCCUGAACCCGUAGGAAGGAUUCAUAAGAAAGACUUAGUUGUAACAAUGCCACCUUGUGCCACCAUGCAACGAAAACGAAUUCAUUAUUUCCCUAGAUAUAUCGUUCGUCAAGAGAAAGGCAAUUUUAACAUAAGUAAUAAAAAGAAACGAUGUCAGACCUGCCCUCUAACUGGCCAUGCCAUAGAUCUUGGUAUCACGAAAAUAAGACCUCCCUUGAACAGUUUAGCCCUUAAGUAUCAAAAACUAUUGCCUUAAUUAAAAGUUAUCUUUUAUUGCAAUAAAUGAAGCUGUGUCUAAAAAGAAACAACUUGAUUUUAGCUAUUUAUAUUUUUUACUAUUAUUACAAAUGAAAUACUAGUUUCAAUAAGAAAGAAUUUCUAAAUAAAAGAUGCAUAACCGCGACAUUUUUUAAUAUCGUUUUGUAAAUUCUACAACGAACAAACAUUAUAGAAUUAUAUAACAUUUAUCAUGAGAUUUUUAUUCCAGAAUUUUUUUAUAGCACAUAAAACAAUCAUAAUAAUAUUUAUUUGUAAUACUAUUGUAUUAAAGCUUCAUGCUUCUA